AAAGCAGAUUCGCUGUACACACGGAUGGGACGGGUACACGCAAGUGUGCUUGUGACGUGAAAAGCAGUGCUACCAAUACUUCUAUAAACACCCUACAGUGGUCAUCGCCGUCUAACAUUUCUUCUCAGUGUCCGUUGACGAUCCGCUUAGUGUAAUUUGUUAAUUGACAUUGGUUGUAUGAAUCAUCUGUGAGAUUCUAAAGUAAAGAUAGAACAUUCGGCAAGUUUAAGACAUUUGAGGCAUCUUUAGGAACUCUGGAAAUCUCCAUUAAUCUGUUUAAAAGGGUGGAAAAUUGGUCACGUCGGCUGGUAUAGAACGUUUAUAUAUGUUUCAUAAUAUGGAUGUUACGAAGAAUACGGCAAUGUUCUGGGAUAUCACGGUAACAUCAAACGGUUUAAGUGUGUCUUCGUUCUGAGACAGUCAAUUGUUUAGCAAACCCGCGUUUUGAGAAGCUGUGAAGAGCCGGGUGAGAGUGAAUAAGAUCAUGGUCAUGUUGUAGAAGGGUGCAAUGGUUAUUAUGGAAACACCUAAAUGUCGCAAACUGCGGCGAAUAAAAGAAUCAACGAAAAAGAAGAAACAAAUACGUACCGAGGAGUCGAGAAGUGAGGAAUGUGAAAACGCUAUUACAUCUGCAGAUGCCACUCCUCCCCACACUUCAAAAUCUGUCAUCAUUAUAGAACGAGGACAUGAUGAAGUUCGAGGAGUAGAGUGGCAAUAUCAUGGAAAGUUUGUAGAAUCAGAUGUUCCUGUUGUGUGGGGCUCUCCUCAUGGAUCUCCAGUUGUAAAUACAGUGCAGGCAGUAUGUGAAAGUCCUGUAAGUAGACCUAAAAGAAGACCUACUAAUUCAGUUCCUAGGAAAUUAGAUGCAGAAGAAAGUGAACCUCCACAAUUUCUUAAUGAAAUACUUGCCUUGUCAGAGAAAAUCAAAGCCGAAGAAAAGAACAGUGUUCAAUCAUCUAGCAAAACUAUUCAUGAAGAAAAGGAAUCAAAAGCACAAAAAAGUGUAUUGGAUGAAAGUUUCUCUAAUUUUUUCGAUGAGGAUAUGAAUGAGUGCAUGUUACAAUGCUCACAGGAAUUGGAAGAGACAUCGCUGCAAAAAUCUGGCCCACCUACAUCCAGUACUCUUGGUGUUAAUUUCAAUCGUCAAGAUACCAGAAACAUUAAUAUUGCUGAGAAAAACCAAGUACUUCGUUCCUCUCCAAGAAAGAAAUUUAUUUCAAAUAGUACCAAAUCAUCUUUAAGUACAUCUAAAUCAUCAUUAAGUACAUCUAAUUCAUCUUUAAGUACAUCUUCAGGUACAUUUUACCUUCAAAAUAAUAUAAAUGAAAGUGGAACUAAAGUACCACGAGUGGGAAGCAAGAAUUAUGUUCAUGCCAAACCUAAAGGGAAUACUUACGUGUUCAAAGGGCGCAUUUUAGGCUCAAGAGAAAAUUGUAGUGCAAGUGGCAGUGGGCAAGGAAAAAUAAGCCGUUUGUUGGACAAGAGAGUUUCUUUAGAUUCAAAACCGCAAACCUCUGAGAAAUUGGAUAGAAUAUCAAAAUUAAGUAAAUCGUGUGAUUUGUCAGUAGAUAACUCUUUUGAGACUGUGAAAGAAUCAUUUUUGGAUGAUGAUUUGGAAUUUCUUAGUACUAUUGCUGAUGAUGUGGAAAUGGUAACAGAACUGAACAGCCGAGAACCCUCUAAAAAAGUGCCUUUAAAUUCAUUGGAAACAAAGGAAAAGGCUAAUGAGCAGCAAACAAUUACUUCAUCUGUUUUAGAAGAUUCAACUUACUUUGAGGAAGGAGUCCUUCAAUACUUGGAUACAAUUGAAUCAAAUGUGACAUCAUCACAACCUCUGAGAUGCACACCUGAGGAGAUAGAGAAGAAACGGCAGGAGGCAAAACUGAAAUUACAAAAGAAAAAGUUCUUGUCAAGAAAGUGAUAAGUGUAAAUGUAAUCAAUGUGUGGUGCUUCCAUUGUCUUUCCUUUUGUAUAAAUAUUAUUUUUCCAAGCUUCAUAAAUGAUGUCUUAGAAAGGUUUCAAACUUUUGAGAAUAAAAGAUAUAUUUUUGUUUGGUAUUACCACCAGCUUAAAUGUAUUGACUGAUUCUGUCAAUCUCAAUUUGUAUAUGUGUUUUUCUUGACAAUUUUUUUGUACAGAUUAAUUUUGUGAUAAAAACUGUUGUAACUCUAUGAGGAUCAAUGUAUAUUUCUUGUCUUUUGAUCAUUAAAGAAUAAUUAUAGUAUUUGAAAAGAAAAUAAGACUACAUUUUUGUUUUAAUGUGGUUGAAACUUCUAAUGAAAAGAAAAGUGUACAUGGAAGGAAUACUUUGUGAAUUGUAGAAAGGAUGUGUAAAUCAAUAUUUCAAUUACCAAUCUACUUUCUUACUUAUCUAUUGAUACAUGUACCCAUUGCACGUGUAAAGUUUCUUUUAAGAAAUAACGAGAAUUCUGAAAUUUUAUCUUUCCCCAGAGAUUUACAUUAAUAUUGUCUCACACCUAUUUUGAGUCUUCAACAGGCCCAGAAAUUCCUUCUCAUGUGUGAUAAGAUAAACCUUUACAACUUCUAGAAGGGGAGAUGUUUAUCUUGGCUUCAGAAGUUUCUUGUGCAAUUUGAAGGUGAAUGGAACUUUUGAUAUAUUUGGAAGAAAUUAAUGAAACUCAUCCUUGAACCACAUUUUUGCUGCCAAAAUGCUUAAUGUAGUUGUUCUUGCUGACUAUGGUAAAAAGUGCCAAUAAAUUAAAUGUUGAAUCCUUCUCUAUUUCGCUCCAAUAAUAGAAAUUAAAAUUUUUAAGAACUACUCUGAUUAAUAAAUUUGUUUAAUCUUUACAUGUAUGAAGAAGUGCAUGAAUUUGCCUAUUGGUAAGGAAACAAACAAUGAAUCCAAAUUUAUUGUGCAAUUUAGCUUACAAAUUGUAAUCAGCAAAUAUUGAAACUCUUGCAUUACAGCGUCUGAUUUUUAACUGUUAUUGGAAGAGAAGAGAAAAAUAAUAUUUCUUUUAUCAUGUCUAGUAGUAUUGGAACUUUAUUUUAAUCAGC